AUGCAUCAACGCGCUCUCCUUUUCUCUGCCUUGAUGGCAGGUGUCAGUGCCCAGCAGGUUGGCACACAGAAGACAGAGACCCAUCCGGCUCUUACCUGGCAAGAGUGCACCUCCUCCGGCUGCACGGAUAAGAGCGGUUCUGUUGUCGUGGAUGCCAAUUGGCGUUGGGUUCACUCUGUUGAUGGCUACACCAACUGCUACACUGGUAACACGUGGGAUGCUACUCUUUGCCCCGACGAUGCCACUUGCGCUACAAACUGCGCUCUCGACGGUGCCGACUAUGCUGGCACCUACGGUGCUACUACCUCCGGCGAUGCCUUGACCUUGGGCUUUGUGACCGGCUCCAACAUCGGUUCCCGCUUGUAUCUCAUGGAGGACGACAACACUUACCAGAUGUUCAAGCUACUGAACCAGGAAUUCACCUUUGACGUGGAUGUUUCCAGCCUUCCCUGCGGCCUGAAUGGUGCUCUGUACUUCGUUUCCAUGGACGCUGAUGGCGGUCUGUCUAAGUACGAGAACAACAAGGCCGGUGCUAAGUACGGUACCGGCUACUGUGAUUCUCAGUGCCCUCGUGAUCUCAAGUUCAUCAACGGUCAGGGCAAUGUCGAGGGCUGGGUCCCCUCUGACAACGACAAGAACGCCGGUGUUGGCAACCACGGCGCUUGCUGUGCUGAAAUGGAUAUCUGGGAGGCUAACAGCAUCUCCACUGCUGUAACCCCCCACCCCUGUGAUACCGCCAGCCAGACUAUGUGCGAGGGUGACGGGUGCGGUGGAACCUACUCCUCCGAUCGUUACGGCGGUACCUGCGACCCCGAUGGUUGCGACUUCAACCCCUACCGCAUGGGCAACACGACUUUCUUCGGCCCCGGCAAGACCGUCGACACCAACUCCAAGAUGACCGUCGUCACACAGUUCAUCACUAGCGAUGGCACCGCAACCGGAAGCCUCUCUGAGAUUAAGCGUAUCUACGUGCAGAACGGCAAGGUUAUUGCCAACUCUGCCUCGGAUGUCAGCGGUGUUACCGGUAACUCGAUCACUUCGGACUUCUGCACUGCUCAGAAGACUGCAUUUGGCGACAAGGACGUUUUCUCCCAGCACGGUGGUCUCUCCGGUAUGGGCGAUGCUCUGGCUGAGGGCAUGGUGCUGGUCAUGAGCAUUUGGGAUGACCACAACUCCAACAUGCUUUGGCUUGACAGUGACUACCCCACAGAUGCCACUGCUACUGACCCUGGUGUUGCCCGUGGCUCUUGCAGCACUGACUCUGGCGCUCCUGCGACUGUCGAGGCUCAGUCUGCUUCCGCCAAGGUCAUCUUCUCCAACAUCAAGGUUGGUCCCAUUGGCUCUACCUACUCUGCUUAA